AGAGGAAACAUCCGGGUUUUCUUCAACCGAAACAGUCGCGAAUGCGUGAAGCAAAUUCAACAAUUUGGCGACGAAAAGAGUGAUUUCAUUGGACGUUUCACUCGUUUCUUGUGUGACAUGGCGGCAAAUGACGCCGACUUCAGCGGCGCGCUGUCGGGUAAGUCGCAGUCUGAUGAAGACCGUCGACGGUACGGACCGGAAAGCUCAAAAGCCUCGCGGAACUCGAAGCACAACUCCCGGUCCAGAUCGCGCUCGGUGGAGCGCAAGCGCAAAUCAGGAGACAAGAGGCACAGACGAAGCCGAAGCAGAAGCAAAGAGGUGAGGAGGAAGGACUCUCUGAAAUGCCGGAGCGGAUCCGAGGAGCCGGAGCUGUCGGAUAAGGGCCGCGACAGGCUGUCAGAAGACAUGGAAGAGCGUCAGCGUCGCAAAGAGAGGAAAUCCUCCAGGACGAGAAGCACGUCGAGAUCACGCUCCAGGGAAAGACGACAUCAUAAUCGUAACUGGGACAAAAGAAGAUCUCGCUCGCGCAGCGGCGACCGAAGAUCGAAGAGUCACGAGAAAAAGAGACGUGGCAGAUCUCAAUCGAACUCCAAAGGCAAACACAGACAUCGCAGCAGGAGUCACAGCAAGAGCAGGGAGAAGAAAAAGAGAACAGAGAAAACUAAGAGGAGAAGUCGCAGUCGGUCAGCCACUCCUGUGGCUUUUAGAGGCAGAAACACGGCCAUGGACGCUCAAGAGGCCUUGGCCAGACGGUUAGACCGAGCGAAGAAACUUCAAGAACAGAAGGAGAAAGAAUUGCUUGAUAAACAGCAGCAGGAUAGAGCAGCAGCAGCGGCUCCGCUGUCAUGCGACACGGUCACCGCAGCGGCCGGUCCGGCCUUGAACGUCGCGGCGCUGCUUGCUUCCGGCACGCAGGUCACCCCGCAGAUCGCCAUGGCUGCUCAGAUGGCGGCGCUUCAGGCGAAGACGCUAGCGGAGACCGGCAUCGCUGUGCCAAGCUACUACAAUCCCUCUGCGGUCAACCCCAUGAAGUUUGCCGAGCAGGAGAAGAAGAGGAAGAGGUUGUGGCAGGGGAAGAAAGAGGGGGACAAGUCGCAGACGGCUGAGCUCUGGGAGAAGCUCAGUUUUGGCAACAAGGACCAAAACGUUAAAUUUCGCAAACUGAUGGGCAUCAAAGGUGAAGAGGAAAGCGGCCCCUCGGGAGCAGUGAAUGAAGAAGGUAUGAAGACGUUGCAGCAGCAGGAGGAGAUGUUUCGUAACCUGGACGUCCAGUACGAGAUGGCGCGGUCGCAGACGCACACGCAGAGGGGAAUGGGCCUCGGCUUCUCCUCCUCUUUCUCUUCCAGGGGCAUGGAUGCCGUCUGAAGCGCGCUUCUCCCCUCUGUAAACUCUCACGUUCGUAGAGAAUACUGGCACGUCAGCUCGCGUAGAUAUCGACUUCAUCAGAUGUGUCGUUUUAUUCAGUGACCGCUUCAUCUCGGAAGAAUUCACAUGUAAAUACAACCGAUCGUUAAAUCAAGAUUUGUUGCUUGGUCUCUGAUAACUGUGUGUGUGUGAUAUUGCAGUGCUCGCAUUGGGAGUUAAGGUGGGGAUUGUAAUUGUACAACUGACUUCUUUUGUAUUAAAACUGUGUUUACAGAUAGUCUCGUCCAGUGAUGUUUGCGGUAUCUGAAAUGCAUGCGAUGGACUAGUACGCACUGAUAUUGUUGGCCUUACAUCAGGUGGCAGGGUAACAAGUGUAUUUAUUUAUGAUCGUGUGGGUAAAACCAUUGUCUGACUUGCAUAAUGCUCGGUGCGUUUUCCAUUCGCUUUCAUAUCGAGCAAUACAGUGUUCGAGGCUGUGCUUCAUCAUGAGUACGGGACAGCAAGGGCACUGACUGUAACAUAAACCUCCAGCCGAAGUGAAAGAUUGAUUUGAAAUGAUUGUAGAAGUCAAGGAACUGCUGUACUUAUGGUGCAGGUGAUGGAUGGAGGAAGGUUGUGAGGGAGAGAGAUUAACUAAUAAAAAUUUAAAUUCUUCAAUUGCAUUGGUAUACAGGUUUCAAGGGAUUGAAAACCAUGAUGAGGAAACGUUGGAAACCAACGUUUGAGACUUCAAGCCCACAAUUUCUUCCU